GCCCCUUGUCCGGCCACCCCCACUGCCCAGUCCCGCUCCCGGCCGCGGCGGCCGCAGCAGCCGCAGCAGCAGCAGCGGCCCCAGGAUGGUGAGCGCCGCUGACCCCCAGCCCUGGCCCGUCGCCCCCGGCCCGCGCUUCCGCCCCGGUCCCUGGGCCGGACGCCCCCCCAGGCCGCGCACACUCACCUAGGACCCGGCCGGGAUGCCGAGCUCUGUUGACGAUGCACUGGACACCGGAACACGCCCAGCCCCUAAACCAGUGGCCAGAGCAGCACCUGGACGUCUCCUCCACCACCCCGUCGCCGGCCCACAAGUUGGAGUUGCCUCCAGGGGGUCGCCAGCGCUGCCACUACGCUUGGGCACACGACGACAUUUCCGCCCUCACAGCCUCCAACCUCCUCAAGCGCUACGCCGAGAAGUAUUCCGGAGUCCUGGACUACGAGCGCCCGGGCCUGGGCAGCUACGGUGACGCCGCCUUCCUCAACGGUGCCAAAGGGGACCCGGAGCCCUGGCCCGGGCCGGAGCCACCUUACCCUCUAGCCUCGCUCCACGAAGGCCUCCCGGGAGCCAAGGCGGCUGGCGCGGGUGGCUUCGCCGGCCUCGGGGGCUCCCCGGUAGUAGCUGGGAACCUGACUGAGCCGCUGUACACGGGCAACGCGUGCGGGGGGCCGUCGGCGGCCACUGAGUACGCGGCGGGCUACGGAGGCGGGUACCUGGCGUCCGGCUACUGCGCGCAGACGAGCGCCGCGCUCGCCCCGCCUCCCCCGCCUGCGCUGCUGCAGCCAGCGCCGCCGCCCGGCUACGGCCCCUCGGCGCCGCUCUACAACUACCCGGCGGCCGGCUACGCGGCGCAGCCCGGCUACGGGGCGCUCCCGCCGCCCGCCGCGCCGCCCGCGCCCUACUUGCCCUCCGGGCUGGCGGCGCCCACGCCCCUGCCCGCGCCCGCGCCACCCCGGCCCGCGCCCUACGGCUUCCCCGCGGCCGCCGAGGGCGUGUCCCUGAAGCGCAAGGCGGUGGACGAGGGCGCGGAGGCCCGCUACCGCAAGUACGCUUACGAGCCGGCCAAGGCCCCCGCGGCCGACGGCGCCUCCUACCCCGCCGCGGACGAUGCCGAGUGUCGGGGCAACGGGUUCCGUACGAAGCCACCCGGGGCGACGGAGGAUGGGACCGGCAAGUACGGCGGCGGCGGCCCUCUCAAGGUCCUGGGCUCCCCCGCCUACGCGCCGCAGCUCGAGCCCUUUGACAAGUUCCCGGAGCGGGUUCCGGCCGCCCACGGAGGCUUCGCGGAGCCGUCGGGGGAGCCCGCCAAGGGCGUGGAUCCGGGGGCGCUGGAGCUGGUGAGCAGCAAGAUGGUAGACUGCGGGCCCCCGGUGCAGUGGGCGGACGUGGCGGGCCAGGGCGCGCUCAAGGCGGCCCUAGAGGAGGAGCUGCUGUGGCCCUUGCUGAGGCCGCCCGCCUGUCCCGGCAGCGCGCUCCCGCCACGGACGGUGCUGUUCUUCGGGCCCCGCGGCUGCGGUAAGGCGCUGCUGGGGCGCUGCCUCGCCACCCGGCUAGGUGCCACGCUGCUGCGCCUGCGCGGAGCCGGCCUGGCGGCCUCGGGCGCCGUCGAGGGCGCGCGCCUCCUGCAGGCGGCCUUUGCUGCUGCGCGCUGCCGCCCGCCCGCGGUGCUGCUCAUCAGCGAGCUGGACGCGCUGCUGCCGGCGCGGGACGACGGCGCUUCCCUGCGGGCGCCUCUACUGACCUGCCUAGACGGCAGCUGCGGCGCGCGCGCCGACGGCGUGCUGGUGGUGGGUACCACCUCGCGGCCGGCGGCCCUGGACGAAGCCACCCGCCGGCGGUUCGCGCUGCGCUUCUACGUGGCGCUGCCCGACGGCGCUGCGCGCGGGCAGAUCCUGCAGAGGGCGCUGGCUCAGCAGGGCUGUGCGCUGAACGAGCGGGAGCUGGCCGCCCUGGUGCAGGGAACUCAGGGCUUUUCUGGGGGCGAGCUGGGGCAGUUGUGCCAGCAGGCAGCAGCCGAGGCGGGCCUCUCCGGACUGCAGAGGCCCCUCUCCUACAAAGACAUGGAGGCUGCUCUAGCCAAGGUGGGCUCUCGGGCUCCCUCCAAGGAGCUGGACUCGUUAGUUGAGUGGGACAAAAUGUAUGGCUCCGGACACUGA